AUGAUGAUGAUGAUGUAUCAUGGUAUUUUAUUAUUUCAAAUAGGAGUGUCCAACGAUUCAUAUGUUUGGAGAGUUGCUGGAGUCAAAGAUGCAAUGUUAAUGAGAUAUGAUGAAGAUGAAAGACAAAUAACAGGCGGAAAGUUUUUUCCAUUUUUCAAAGUUAUCCAAGAAAAACUAAAAUUUAGUUAUUUUGUAGUGCAUCCAAUAGAAACUGCCGCAGGAUAUGAAGAUAAAAGUGGUAAGUGGCACGGAAUUACGGGACAAGUUGCAAACCAGGAAGCAGAUGUGGCCUUUGUACCUAUAAUUGUCAACCACGAACGCUUCUCUGCAAUGGAGUUUACGUCAUUGUUUGUAUUUACUUCUACAGUUUUUCUUAUUAGAACUCCAAAUAAAGUUUUUGAUUGGAAUUCUGUUACGAAGCCUUUUACUUUAAAUGUUUGGAUCGCUAUAUUUUCUAUUGUAUUGAUAUUUGGACUAACUCUACAUAAAGUGAUAGAGAAGGACUUUGUUGCUGCAAAAACAGGAAAACGAUGGACUCUAUAUACAGUUUUUUGGAAUUUAGUUUGUACGAUUCUGGGCAAAGAAUUGAAUCUGGAGAAAGUGAAAAGUUUUACCUCUAGAUUGAUGAUAGGAAUUUGGUUGUUAUCGAUUGUUGUUUUGGUAUCCGGUUACAGCGGAGCAUUAAUGUCUUAUAUGACGUAUCCUUUAACUGAAUCUUUUCCAAAAGAUUUUCAAGAACUUGCUGUUUUUGUCCGCAACGGUGAAUACUCUACCGGAACAUACAAGGGAUAUAGUACUUGGAAAGAUAUCAUG